AUGGGUGUUCUUGCAGCCGUUGCUAAAAAUUUGGACACAUUAAUCGGGCCAGGAGUGAUGCUUCUUUAUCCUUUGUAUGCAUCAAUGCGAGCAAUCGAGAGCCCUUCCGCACUAGACGAUCAACAGUGGCUAACGUAUUGGGUUAUAUAUUCCUUUAUAACAUUAUUCGAGCUAUCCUGCUGGAAAGUCUUGGCUUGGAUCCCAAUAUGGCCGUAUAUGAAGCUGCUGUUUUGCAUGUGGUUGGUGUUGCCAUUUUACAAUGGGGCAGCCUAUAUUUAUGAGAACAUUGUGAGAAAAUAUGUGAAGCUUGGAGGGUAUAUGGUGAGCUCAAACAAGCCAGAGGGUCAGAAGAAGGUCCUCCAAAUGAUGAGCCUGGAUGCAAGGAGGUCCGUUGAGCGUUUCAUCGAUCAACAUGGUAUUGAUGCUUUCGAAAGAGUCGUCAAAGCCGCUGAAAAAGAAGCUAGGAAGUACUGA